CACACUUUGUUAUGUCAUUCACAUCUGCGCAUUUGUUGUCAUUUUGCUGGCUGUGUUGUUGUUUCAAUUUUAAAAUUGCAAAUUUAAGUAUCAACAAGCAAAUCAUUAUAAAAUAAAACUUGGAAAUGAAUAGCAUGGCCAAAUCGCCGGACAUGCGUAUACCCGGCUUCUGUACGCCUUUGCGCUCCAAAGAAUUACUGGAAAGGCACAGAUCUAGUAGGUGUACGCCCAAGAAAGGAUACUUAACCCCACAAUACGGCCAAAGAACUAAACCCUCAACAUCGCAAAAUGGCAGCAUACCCUCUAUAUUCAUUACCGAUGGGGAUACGGGCUUGGAGCGCCCGAACCAAUUGCUACAGCGCCUGGAGAGGUCCAUUAACCGAUCAUCCUCUGCCUCCAGGAUACCAUCAAAAAAUGCAUUUUUAUCAAACCAAAACAGGCAACGAGUCUUGGAAAGGCCAAAAAACGUAGAAUUUAGGUGGUCAAAGAAAGCUAUAACAUUCUCGGAACCUCGUCCUUUACGCUCUAAGGAACUUCUGGGGGAUCUGAAGUCUCUACAUAAAGUAACUUCUGCCACCAAGGGAACUUCCCAAAGCAAUCUGAAAAACCCAGAUCUUCUAAAACCUCGAGAAAAGCGCUGCACACUCAUACCUUCAUCGGAACCACAGCCCAUCCGCCCGAAAGUGAUCCUCGAGCGGGAGCGCCAAGAGGCAAUAAACAAUCGCUUAGUAUUAGCAUCGAUUGACCGCCCAAGAACAAAGCCGCCAACGACCAGCUUUUCAUCGAGCAAGCUGUUGGUGCCCCAAAUUGGAUUCUCGUACCCCAAGGAUCCCAAGAGCCUUCAUACAUCCAGCAAAGCAACCAAGCUGACCAACUCAAAGAGAAAGUUGGAUUUCCACACUGAACUGGGAAAGGAUUCGCUGCGGCUAAAGCUGGAUAAGAUGGCAAAGGAAUGGCAGAAAAAGUCAGAGUACCAGUUACGUCAGUUUAUCUCGGAUUUUUUGAAACAACUAGUGCGCCUUCUACCCUUUUAUGGGGUGCAAUUUUCGCAUCUUAGCAAGGAUUGCUUUAUGGAGCAGACGAUGGAGGCACUGCAGCAGCUCCAGUACUCUAAAAAGGUGAACAGAAGCUGGUUGCGAACUCCCAAUACGCCGGAAGCCAUGGGCCAUGUGCUGGAAAUACUCAACUUUUUGUUAGAUAUCGUGGAAAAUCGAAAGGGCGAGGGGAUGUGUAUGUUUCCCAUUGUUUCACAGGAAAAGGCAAUACCUAAUCACAGGGAAGAAGCCAAGGAACUCAGGAAACCAAAGGUGGAACCAGCUUCAGUAGCAUAUAAUACCACUAAUGAUAUAUUAAGUCUGGAACAAAAGUUGAAUAAUCUUAAAAUAGAGAGAGAGGAGUUAAACAGCUGUCAAGAAAACACCAUAUCCACCAAUGAUAUGGAUAGAGUAAUGGAUCGGGUUGGGAAUCGAGACUUUGCCAGACUAUUGGAUGCUCAGGAGGAAAACCUGCAUAAGCUUCAGCUGCAUCGUCUCCGUCUUCAAGAGUUUUCCGAGCUUGUAAACCUCGCCAAGUUAAAAUUAAAACGCUGCCAAAAGGGAAAUAAGGAAAGCAUUGAAGCCUUUAAUGAACAAAUACAAGAUUUGGCAGACUCACUGAUUUUUAGAAAUAGGCAUAUCAGUUGUCUAACUCAAUUACAUUUAGCUCUAAAUCCCACAAUAGAGGAGAUUCAUGAGCGUAUGGAGCAGCUGCAGUGUCUGUAUGAAGAUAACUACUUAAAUCUUCUGCAGAUAAAAAUAUAGCCGCCCCAAGGAAACCUUCAGGCGAAUUAAGUUAUUUUCCUCAUUAAAUCUCUUAAGGUUCCAGUUAAUUUAAGCAAAUAUUUGCGUGUUACGUAAGCUGCACACCGAACCCACCAACGACGCUGCUGGCUUAGUAAUUUCUUCCUGAAUUUCACAGAUUUAUUUAAUUGAAUUUAUCAACUGGAAGUCUCGGCAAUGUCCUGGCCUGGAUUUAAGUUCGUGUAAUUGACAUUUAAAUGAGUCAUCGGCAGCUUGGCUACACUUACUGAAAGGAAAUAGCUGAAAAGUUAAGCUGCUUAACUUUGAAUACAUGAAUAAUUACAUUUUCAAAAGCUUUAUUAUCGGUUUAUUACGUGCUGUGUGCAUUUCUUUCCUUAUAUUUUUGUUGGCUGUAUGAAUUACUUUUUUUAUUUUUGGUUUAAUGUAAAAUUCACAUAAAGCGAAACCUGUAAAAUACCUUAAUUUCAAAUAUUUCAUUUAUUAAUUACAAUAACAUAUAUUGUAUAGAGACUGUUAAAGAAACAGAAAAAAUCACUUUAAUUUUGAGAUUUUAAAAUAAAUGUAUCAGACUUAUUAA